AUGGCACGAACCAAAAAAGCAGCCAGAAAACAAGCCUCCAAUUAUUCCCGCGAGACGAUCAAAGAGCAUAGCAAGGAGAAGCAAGAAGUCAAGAAAUCCAAACACAACAAGAAGAACAACAAGAAGCAAGACACCUCUGCUCAAGCCGGACCAAGCGACCCCCCAAUCACGGGAUCAGAGCCCACAGAGAUGUCCAUCGAUCCACCGGCAUCGACUUCCACUCCAGCAACUUCUUCAGCAGACACAGAAUCAUUAGGCGAUCUAGCAAGUACUCAUGACGUCUUGCGCAUGUCUAUUAUUUCCUCGACUCAGAUGGAGAAAAAAGUCACGGCGAUUCUCAAGUACCUGGAUACCCCGGAGAAAGCAGCCGUAGUGAUGCUGCACUCCAAGGCGAAAGUUGCGUCGAAGCUUAUUAGCAUCGUAGAGAUUGCUAAGAGGGAGAUUGCGGCGGGGGGCGGGAAGUGGUUUCAGUAUAAUGUUGUUGAGGGGGUUUUGGAGGAAAAGUCAGAGGGGGAGCAUGGGGAAGAUGAAGGUGGUGUGAAGAUUGGAGAAGUAGAUAAUAUAGAUGUUGAAGAUGAGGAAGAAGAGGAGGAGAGUUUUGAGACUAUGAAAACACCCUUUGAGAGGGCUAUUGAGGGGAAGCCUAAGGUUAGAGCUGUGCCGGGCAUGACUACGUAUCUUUCGAGGGUUAGAAUUGACAGGCUUGGGAAGAAGUAUGGAGAGCAAACGAAUGGAUUAGAGACUGAUCUGGCGGAUCGGUCGAAGAAGUGA